AUGAAGACAGUGACACAGAAUCUCCUCGUGUUUGCGUUAGUAGCCACUGCAACUGUAGUUCACGCAUCCAAUGGCAGUGAACGGAAGCCGUACAUUGUCUACAUGGGAGAAGCGCGUGGAGCGGGAAUAUCAACGUCAGACGAACACCACAGCCUGCUUUUGGCUGCUACCGGAGACGAAUCUAUUGCCAAGAAUUCCAAAAUAUAUAGCUACGGAAAGAACUUCAAUGGUUUUGCUGCUAGGUUGUUGCCCCAUGAAGUGAAGAGACUCUCAGAUGAAGAUAGUGUAGUGUCAGUGUUUGCAAAUACUAGGAACAGACUUCACACAACAAGAUCAUGGGAUUUUCUGGGAAUGCCCCAAACAGCGAGGAGGAGACUUGAUAUAGAGAGCAAUACCAUAGUUGGUGUGCUGGAUACUGGUAUUUAUGUCGAUGCUCCCAGCUUCAACGAUGAAGGUUACGGGCCUGUCCCAGCAAAAUGGAAGGGAAAAUGUGUCAAGGGAGCCAACUUCACGGGCUGCAACAACAAGGUUAUUGGUGCAAGGUAUUACAAUCUUGAGAACUUUGAGGUGGAAAACCCAAGUCCAGCCGACCUAGACGGACAUGGCACCCACACUUCCUCAACCGCUGCUGGUAUUGCUGUCAAGGAUGCAAGCUUAUAUGGCAUAGCACAAGGAACUGCACGUGGAGGUGUACCAUCAGCCCGCAUUGCCAUGUACAAAGUAUGCUGGGGAUCUGGUUGCAGUGACAUGGAUUUGCUAGCUGCAUUUGACGAUGCCAUUUCUGAUGGGGUCGACAUAAUAUCAGUUUCAAUAGGAGGGGCUUCUAGGAGUUUUUUCCAGGACCCGAUUGCCAUUGGAUCAUUCCAUUCCAUGAAGAAAGGUAUAUUGACCUCUUGUUCUGCAGGGAAUAACGGGCCUUAUCCAGGAUCAGUUGAAAACGUUGCACCGUGGAUCAUGACAGUUGCCGCUACUAGCAUUGACAGGCAAUUUACAACUGCAGUUAAGCUGGGCAAUGGCAUGAAAGCCACUGGAAUUUCAAUUAAUACAUUUUCACCAAAAAAGGAGACAUACCCUCUUAUCGAUGGAGCCCGUGCAUCCAACAGUUCAGGAGAUCACUACGGAAAUAUCAGUGCUUGCGAUUAUGGGACUCUAAGCAUGGACAAAGUGAAAGGAAAACUGGUGUACUGCCUGGGGAGCAACGGCCAGGAUUACACUAUAAAAGAGCUUCAAGGAGCUGGAGUGAUCACGUCGCUUGAUGCACCAACAGACACAGCCUAUGCCACCGUAAUACCUGGAACCAGCGUCCAGCUCAAGGAUGGCUACAAGAUUGAUGUGUACAUCAACUCCACCAGGAACCCUCGCGCUGUUAUCUACAAGACGAGAACUACUUACAUGAGUGCUCCCUCUGUAGCAUCUUUCUCAUCAAGAGGACCUCAGUUGAUCAACCUCAACAUCCUUAAGCCUGAUAUUGCAGCACCAGGGCUGGGUAUAUUAGCUGCCUACUCAAAACUGGCAACAGUGACAGGGGAUCCAAAUGACAGCCGAUAUUCCCCAUUCAACAUUAUAUCAGGAACAUCAAUGUCUUGCCCACAUGCUGCAGCCGCCGCCGCCUAUGUUAAGACCUUCCACCCCGACUGGUCACCUGCUGCGAUCAAGUCUGCACUCAUGACUACAGCCACGCCUAUCAAGAUUAAAGACGUAGAUGCAGAGUUAGGAUCUGGAUCAGGGCAAAUAAACCCAUUGAAGGCGGUGCACCCUGGACUUGUCUAUGACAUUCCAAUGAGUUGGUACAUUAGAUUCCUAUGCAAGGAAGGCUACAACAGCACAACCAUCAGUCUACUACUAGGUGGCAAGAAAAAGUACAGGUGCUCCAACUUCCAGCCUGCUCAAGGCACGGAUGGCCUCAACUACCCUUCCAUGCAUGCCCAGCUCAAGAGUGCCGAAUCCAACAUUUCCGCUGUGUUCUACCGCACAUUGACUAAUGUAGGGUAUGGCAAUAAUUCAGUUUAUAAGGCGACUGUAACUUCACCAAAGGAUCUAUCAAUCAAAAUUGUACCAAACAGUUUGAAAUUCAAUCGGCCACAUCAAAAGCAAUCUUUCAAGGUUCUUGUGGAGGGUGGUUCCAUGCAAAACGGGACUCGAAUCCUAUCAGCUCUACUCGAGUGGAGCGACUCAAAGCACAUUGUUAGGAGCCCCAUUAUUAUCUACAAUUCAUCGCAAUAGGUACUCUUUAUGUACUUUUU